AUUCUCAUCUGUGGUGUUGGCACGACAUCAGAACAAUUCUUCAAUAAAUAUCUGCCAAAAUGAAGGGUUGGGAAUGGGUUUUGAACCACGGAAGCCACUCCCGGGAGACUGAUAGGUAAGUGGAAAGAGUCACAGGCCUAACACCCAUGCCUGGCUAGGUGACCUGGUUAAACCAAACCUUUCUGAUUUUUAAAAUAAAUGUUUGCAUUGCUGGCUUUUGGAAUCAGGAAGGGUUUGCACUUCGCAAUUAUCUUCUCAAAUCUUCCGUCGUUUGCAAAUUGGGGAUGAUAAUCUAUAAUGUCCAGGAGUGAAGUGAGAUCUAGAGGAACGUUUAUGAGGCGCCUGGCAUAAGGCUGGGUGCGGUGGGGUUUGGGGGCGGAAGUGGUAUCGGCUAUUAUUUUUAUUAUGGGCAAAACCAAUUCCUUCCAGCGGAGAACACGCUUGCAGGCCGGCUGGGGCUGUGAAAAGCGCAGAGACCUCAAUCUUCAGCAUUUUCCAUUUCCUUAGCCCUGAGCCUGCUUUUCCCUUUCUGCCCAUCAGUUGGCGCCUUUUGCCGUCCUUUUUUUCCCUCAAGCUGGUUUUGGGGGCUGCGGUCGCUCCGCAGCUCGCAGGUCACAUGGCCUGCCGGAGCGAGGGGACCCGGCGCGGGAGCUGCGCCGCGGGAGGAGGUGAGGCUCGGGCGCGCACCCGAACCGCGCUGCGCCCGCUCCGCCCGGGCCUCAGGGUUGGGCGAUGGCUCCUCUGUGGCAAUGAGCCAGCCCGCCUAGGCGACACCAGAGGCGGCCCUCGGCGUGCGCCGAGGACGGAGCUGACCGCCCCCACCCGGUUUGACUUGUGCUGAUUCCGGCCUGCAUUCCAGGAUGGUUUGUUCUUGGGACCAGACCUGACCAGAAGUUGACCUCAUGAGCACAACAGCCCCUCCCGCUGCCAUGCUUCUCCGGAGGCUGCGGCGGCUCUCCUGGGGCAGCACGGCUGUCCAACUCUUGAUCUUAACAGUGGUGACGUUAGGCUUGCUGGCCCCCCUCGCCUGUCACCGCCUCCUGCACUCUUAUUUCUAUCUGCGCCAUUGGCACCUAAACCAAAUGAGUCAAGAGUUCCUGCAGCAAAGUUUGAAAGAGGGUGAAGCUGCCCUCCACUACUUUGAGGAGCUGCCAUCUGCCAAUGGCUCGGUGCCCAUCGUCUGGCAGGCCACCCCCCGGCCCUGGCUGGUCAUCACCAUCAUCACUGUCGACAGGCAGCCCGGCUUCCACUAUGUCUUGCAGGUGGUGUCCCAGUUUCACCGGCUUCUUCAGCAGUGCGGCCCCCAGUGCGAGGGGCACCAGCUCUUCCUGUGCAACGUGGAACGUAGCGUGAGCCAUUUCGAUGCCAAGCUGCUAUCUAAGUACGUCCCUGUGGCCAACCGCUACGAGGGCACUGAGGAUGAUUAUGGGGAUGACCCCUCGACCAACUCGUUUGAGAAAGAGAAGCAGGACUAUGUCUAUUGCCUGGAGUCCUCCCUGCAGACCUACAACCCAGACUAUGUCCUGAUGGUGGAAGAUGACGCCGUUCCAGAAGAGCAGAUCUUCCCAGUCUUGGAGCACCUUCUGCGGGCUCGCUUCUCCGAGCCGCACCUCAGAGAUGCCCUUUACCUGAAGCUCUAUCACCCCGAGAGGCUGCAGCACUACAUCAACCCAGAGCCCAUGCGGAUCCUGGAGUGGGUCGGCGUGGGCAUGCUGCUGGGGCCCUUGCUAACCUGGAUAUACAUGAGGUUCGCCAGCCGUCCGGGGUUCAGCUGGCCCGUCAUGCUCUUCUUCUCCCUGUAUAGCAUGGGUCUGGUGGAACUGGUGGGCCGGCACUAUUUCCUGGAACUGCGGCGGCUCAGUCCUUCCCUGUACAGCGUGGUCCCUGCCUCUCAGUGUUGCACCCCCGCCAUGCUCUUCCCUGCCCCUGCGGCCCGCCGGACCCUCACCUACCUGUCUCAGGUGUACUGUCACAAGGGCUUCGGCAAGGACAUGGCACUCUACUCACUGUUGAGGGCCAAAGGGGAGCGGGCCUACGUGGUGGAGCCCAACCUCGUGAAGCACAUUGGGCUCUUCUCCAGCCUCCGGUACAACUUUCAUCCCAGUCUGCUCUAGCGUGCCAAGAAAUGCCUUUCUGAACUUGGCCGCUUCUCGGUGAUUCCAACAUUGAGUUCUUUAUUUGGACAUGGUUGCUUGCAGUUAUUUCAUUGUUACAUGUUGUUAGGGAUCUAGGCACUGAGACUGCUGAGAACAUACAUGUCAAGAACCUUGGCUUUGGUAACUCUGGCAGGAGCGGAUGUUCGCCCCGAGGCGGGACCCCUCUCCCUCCACACAGCCACACUGCCUCAUGCAGUCUGACCCGCCCACCCAGGGGGCAUUUAAAUGCCAGCUGUGUUCUGCACUCGUCAGCUCUGCUUUGUGAUAGAGCUUGUGACUGCCAAAAAUACUGUGCACAAAGAUAUGGCUGUUUUAGGAUUUUAAGGGUAGAAUUUGGUGAAAGGUGAGAUCCUUUUGAAUUGAUUUCUCUCUCACGGGGCAUGAGAAUGGAUGUAUGCCUAGAAUAUAUGUCCAAAGACACAGGACUGUAUUGACAGGUUCCACUUGUUUCUUUGACCUGCUGUAGUAAAAGCUGGUAAAAGUCGUUCCAGUGCCUGGCAACUUGGAGACAGGUGAUCUCGCUUCUGUUACGUGGUGUUUCUUUUCCAUGCAUCUGUAGUGUACUGAUGGUCAGUGUUGUUAGUGAGAACUUUAAGGCACAGCAAGAUCCGGAAGCGCCUUCUGGAUCAUCAAGGUCAGAUUGCUUAUGUUCAGUAGUGAUUUCAUACUGAAUAUUUCCAUCAUAUUCUGAUUCUUUGAAAAUUGGACAUUGCAGAAUGAUGUCAACUGGGUGAGCUCUUUAGUAAUAGCAUAUCCUUUCCCCUAAUUUUGCUGGCUAAUCAUUCACCCUCAUUUUUUUUUUCCUUCUAGGUAUCAUGACAUUAGAAAAGCAAAAGCGUAGACUGUGAAGUUGGAAGGGCCUCAAUUUUUAUUUCAGAUCUCUUGCAUGUCCUAGUGAUGUGCACUUGGGCAAGUCAUGACUGCUCUGAGUCUCAGUUUCUUCACCUGUAAAAUGGGGAUGGCGAUACCUACCUUUGAAAGUUGCCUUGAGGAUUAAAUGACAGAAUGUAUGUAAAACACCCAGCAAGUGCUUAGCUCAUGGAAGGCACUUGGCAAAUACUAGUUCUUUUCUCCCCUGUAAUAAGCAUGUAACACUCAAGUGUAUCUUGGAUAAAGAUACUAGUGGUACUGUUUCAAGUGUGCAGUAGGGCAUCGAGCUCCCACCCGGGGAGUAGCCAUUCUGGACCAAACUGCUAGAAUAAAGGCUGACUUGUCCUUGUGAUUUGUGAAGGAGAUGUAGGUCCGCUUUCACCUGGGGCCACCUCCAACCAAGCCAAAAAUAAUGGUUUGUUCAAACCGGAAAUGAUCGAGCUUAUUGCAAGAUGAACAUCUGAAAACUAUUCUCCUCCAAAGUUACACUUAACUGUCCUUUGACGAUAUAUAUCAAACCAGAGGCCAAGUCCUCUCGUGAAGAUGGAUGUCUACAUCGGAGUUCAAGUGUUGACAGGUUGUUUCAGCCCCAUGUCUUCGUUUGCUUUUUAAAUUUCCAGUGAGCUUACUUCUGGAGAUCCCCCAUGAGAGCACUGAGACAGUAGCUCAUGGCACACGGAGUUCCACACCAUGCUUUGCAGAUGGACAAACUGAGGCCAGGGAAAGUGAAACAACAUCCCCAGGUUUGCUCGGCUGGACAACGGCAGAGCUGAGGUGGGAACGUGGCUCCUCUGACUUCCAGCUCCUGUACUUUUUUCUUAACUACAUUCAUUUUCUAAAUAUCUGUGUAGUCAAAGUCUCUUUUGUAAAAUAUGAUUGUAACCUGGAUGGAACAAUGUCUCUGUAAGCUCCUGUGGUAGAAACUCAUUGUCCUGUUGGUCUUGGGGAACACGCAGGUGUACGUGUGUGUCGUGUUGUUAUUGUGAGACGUCAUGUGUCACUCAGGAACGUCUGAAGUGAGUGGAGCUACUGGAUGACUUGUUAGGAUGUUCAGAUUUUGCUGUUUGAUUCAUUCUGUCCCAGUCCAUGGCUCAUCCCAUGUUAGGGAACAGAACCACCUGGCCUACAACUCAUUCAAGUUUGUUGCAUUAAUGAUGGGAUCUCCUCGUGAAUGUGUUUUGCCCACCAACAGGAGAGUCACAUCUAAGCUAGCCAGGCAGAAGAUAGGGAAUCAUUGCUGGUUUAUAUUUCUGCUCUUUCUGAUUCAGUUGUCUGCUGCAUGCAGAUAUCCCUACCCUUGACUCCUUCAUUCUGGAUGGCUAAAGCCAUCUUUGCCGUGUCUAAUUUCUCUAUCUGUCCACUAAGACAUCUUCCCCUGUAGAUCUUAACUAGAGCCUGCUGUCUUUGGAUUUUCUGCAGAUGCAGGCUCAGUUCUGCUAUUUUAUCCCCACCCUCUUCUAGAUCUCUCUCCCUUUUGUCCCUCCCUGGAGUUCAGUUUUUGUAUGCGGUCCUUGAUUAGGACAGCUGACAGCUUUACACCAAAGCUGAAGUCUCGUUUAAUCCUAAGCCAGGGGGCUGGAGAACUAAAGGCCUCUUUCUAUUACAAGGGGCAUAGGUCACCAGGAGGGUGAAGGUCUCUGACAGAACGUGCUCACCUCACCCUUCAGGGGUUAAUAAUUGUCAGGCCUAAGGAGUUCCCUGUUGUGACUGGGUAUAUUUGCAUAGACAUAUCAGUUCAAACACAAGCACUUGUUCCACGGAGGUAUCCUGAGAAGAGUUUUGUCAUUCUCUCUCAUUUCUAUGGAUGGAUUUUUCUAACGUGAAUAGUAUCUAAACUAUACACACACACACACACACC